AUAUUGCCCAUUGCUUUGGUCUUUCUUGUAUAUAUCUCUACCCCCGCCAUUGCUGACCUCGUCGCUGUCGUCAUCUACCCUUUCUGUGUUGAGUUACUCCUGGUAUCCGUUGAAGCCACAGAGAGACACCCCACGUCGAUCACCACCCACGACGAAACCAGCUCGACAUUCCACGUGUGGACGCGCAGUAAGCCCUUCAGAAGCUGGGAGCUGGUCUUGAUUGCAUUGAAGCUUCAUAUACUAUCCGGGUUUUCUCAUCUUCGCCACCAUUUUACACCAAGACGGGAGAUAUUUGUAGCAAUUGCCGCCGGUGAUCAGUGGUAUUUCGAAUGGUAACUGUUGGAAGGUGAAAGAAGCUCUCUCUCCAAAACCCCCACAGGGACGAAAGUCGGACAACGCUUGGACACGGCUUGGACAGCUCGACGAGGCCAUCUUUUUUCUCCCGAAAAUUAUACCCCAGGACGUCAAGAAUAUAUUCUGUUUUAAUUCAUUCGACUGUACUGUACUGCUGUGGUUCAGUGCACCGUCUUUUUGGUGCUGUUGUUCUGUUGCUCCUGGGUUCAAUUUGCUCCUUAUUUCAACAUCCAACAUCCCAUCUACAACGCUGGAACUCCACUGGACGCACUCACUGGACGCAUCACUGGACGGACUCUGCACUCUCCCGCUGAACCCGUCGAUUCUACCGUCUUCCUUUCUAGAACCAAGCAGAGCCAGACAAUCCUGCUGCUAGAGCCUUACCCUUACCUUAUCUUUGCCUCACCCGAAAUCUUUCAGUAAUCCUCUCAAUGAACUUCUUCCCCAAGUUAUCCAAAAAAUCAAAGAAGACCACCCCACCACCAGACGACGACGACAACACCCACGACCGCACUCCUCGCGACGACAGUAGUCCUCGCCAGAGUCCUUCUCCAAAGAAGUCCUCUAGCUCAUCCUCGAGAUCCAAUCGUCGUGAUUCGAGGGACGAACGCCGACACAGUCAUACAACUUCCCACAACAGCGGCUCACGAGGCCCCACCCCAGUCUCGAGAGCCCAUACCUUCGACGCAAAUACACAUCCGCUGAACCUUCCGCCAGACCUGCGACGACUGUCCGCACUGUCCAACAUGGCCGAACAAAUGCGUUCAGACCCGAUGGAGGUCGACACUGACGUGCACGCACAGCCAUCGUCACCACCCGCAGAAAAAAUCCCCGGGGCCUUCAAUUCUACUACACCGAAUGGCACGAACGGCACAGCGAACAAGGACAGCAUGGACGUGGAUAGCGGGGCGCCCACGCCUCCACCGCAUAAAAGCCCUCCUACGAGCCCGGUUGCAGCUGCUCCCCCCACGCCGGAGGAGGCGGAGGCUUUCAAGAAUGCUGGAAACAAGCAUUAUAAGGCUAAGGAGUACAGGAAGGCAAUUGACGAGUAUACCAAAGCCGUCGAGGCAAUGCCCUCAUCCGCAACAUACUUGAACAACCGUGCCGCAGCCUAUAUCUCCAAUGCAAACUACGACAAGGCCCUCGAAGACGCCCUACGCGCCAACGAGCUCGAGCCGAACAGCCCUAAGAUCCUACUGAGGUUGGCACGCAUUUACACAAACCUAGGCAGGCCGGAGGAGGCAUUAAGCACUUACGACCAGAUCCAGCCCGCUCCAUCAGCAAAGGAUGUAGCACCAGCCAAGACCAUGAAGCAGCACAUCUCGGUAGCAGAAGAUGCGCUGAAGCACGGCACAACCGGCUCAAUGGCCCUGCACGCCCUCGACCAGGCAGAGAAAUUCCUCGGUGUCGGUGCGCAGAAGCCCAGAAAAUGGCAGCUGAUGCGCGGAGAGGCGUACCUCAAGAUGGGCAAUGUCAAUGCUCUCGGAGACGCCCAGAACGUCGCCAUGUCGCUGCUGAGGAGCAACAAAUCCGACCCCGAAGCAUUGGUGCUGCGAGGAAGGGCUCUAUACGCACAAGGCGACAACGAGAAGGCCAUCCAGCACUUCCGUCAAGCCCUGAACUGCGACCCCGACUACCGCGACGCCGUCAAGUACCUGCGCAUGGUGCAGAAGCUGGACCGCAUGAAGUCGGACGGAAACUCAGACUACAAGCUCGGGAAGUGGCAGACGGCGCUGGACAAGUACACCGAGGCGCUAGAGGUGGACCCGCUCAACAAGGGCACAAACUCCAAGCUCCUCCAGAACAGCGCGCUGUGCCGCAUCAAGCUGAAGGACUACGAGGGCGCCAUCACGGACUGCGAGUCUGCGCUGCGCCUCGACCCCUCCUACACUAAGGCGCGCAAGACGAAGGCCACCGCGCUCGGCCAAUCGGGCAACUGGGAAGAAGCGGUGCGUGAGCUGAAAGCGCUCGCGGAAUCCGACCCCUCUGACGCCACGCUGCCCAAGGAGAUCAGGAAGGCGGAGCUGGAGCUCAAGAAGAGCAAGCGCAAGGAUUACUACAAGAUCCUUGGGAUCGAGAAGGAGGCCAAUGAGACGGAGAUCAAGAAGGCGUACCGCAAACUCGCUAUCGUGCAUCAUCCCGACAAGAACCCCGAUGACAAGGACGCCGAGGACCGCUUCAAGGAUAUCGGCGAGGCGUACGAGACGCUCAGCGACCCGCAGAAGCGCGCUAAGUACGACAGCGGCGAGGACCUCAUGGACCCUGCUGACAUGUUUGGCGGCGGCGGCUUCGGGGGUGGAGGUUUCGGCGGCGGCGGCGGAAUGGGCGGUAUCGACCCAGAGAUCCUGUUUCAGAUGAUGAACGGCGGUGGUGGCGGCGGAUUCGGCGGCGGCGGAAGGGGCGGUGGUUCGGAAGAUGAGAGCGGUGGCGGCGAUGAGAAAUCUCGAACGCGGACGCGCGAGCGAUGGGGUGCGCCGGAGAGGGACCAGAUGGACGGCACGGGGCGCGAUAAUCGCAUAAAGCGCCUCCGCCAGUUCGGGUUCGUGCUCCUGGGCGUGCUAGCGUUUCUACCGCUCGAAGUCGUGCUAGGGCUUGUGGUGAUGGUGACGGCUGCGUUGGCGGUGUCGAGGGAUUUGAGGAUGUGGGUUGUACGUUGA